UCAUUAAAAUGCUUCAAUAAAUCAUCUUUGAAUUCCCUUCGAUCCGUUUCAUAGCUCAGGAUUACAUCGAUCUGGUAGUCUGCCUUUUUCUUUGAAGAUGCUGUAUCUUAUUAUUUUCAUUGCUACGGAAGGGGUGCUGUCGGCUGAAGGUGAGUCUAAUGACGAUCUCUGUCCUGCUUGGGGUUCUAUGGCCUGUGCUAAUGAUCUCAAAGGGGAUCUACUUUAUCUUGAUGACAAUACACCACUAGAAGAAAAUAAAGAAAUCUUCGAAAGAAAAUGCGAGAAUACUAUGCCAUAUAUAAAAUGUGUGCUCGACUUCGGAGCCAGCCAUUGCCCGAACAUUUCAGAAAACAUACAUUAUGAAGGUUUCAAAUAUGAGUACGCCACCUAUUCUAGAAUUUGUGACAAGAAUGAUGAAAUUAAUAAGUGGUAUGUAGAAAAUGCCAAGUGUCUAAAUACACAAAUGGUAGAAAUCUAUAAAAAAUGUGAAAAAACGCCAAAAAUUCGUGGCCUGAGAGAGUUAACAAAGGAGAUUUGUCAGAUAGACAAAAGAAGAAUAGAAUGCAAUUUUGAAGAAGUUGGAAAGAAAUGUGGAAAAGAAGCUUUAUUGUUAAUGAAAGAAAUAAUGUCAUCCUAUACUAAAGUAAUAGAAAAAAGCUGCAGUAAAUUCGAUUUUUGAUGUAUAACAAUGCAGCAACUUAUACAUUUUGGAAUAUUAAUAAAUUAUUUAGAUGAGAAUCAAUAAAAGUGCUUUUGCUUCUUUA